AUGGACUUCCACCUAGUGCCUCGCGGUACCGAUCGGAACUACACAGGAUUCCUCACAAAGACAAUCGUUUACAUCGGGACACUAGUGCCCGACAAUCACUAUUCCUAUGGCCUUCACCGCCGCUGCUCCUCUCUCACCGAUACCUGUGAGAGCUUCCCACAACGCGAAGAUUGCCAUGGCGAAGACCGAUACUUUUGCUCCAUGUGGCGCUCCGUCGGGUUCUUGGUAUCCUUUGCAGUCGUUCUGCAGGGCAUAGGCAUAGUCACCUACCUAGUCAUCUUGAGUGGCGGGAAACGGCUGCGCGAAAAUGGGUGGAGUGUUCUUAGUUUGACAGUUGGAUUGUCUGCCAUUGUGCAGGCAGCCGGCAUGUCGAUAGUGGCAUUUCUAUUCGAUAACGAGGACCGGUUCUUCGUCGGCUGGAAACUUGACCAGUCCUGGAUCCUUUGCACUAUCAGUUGGUGUCUCAGCGUCUUCUGCGCCGGCGCGGUUAUUGUGGCUGCUAAGGUCUUACCCUCUGAAGGUGGGUAUGAGCUGAUUCCUGAUCAUGAUGAACUUCAAGUCACUUGA